AUGGUAUACAACAUCGAUAAACCUAGGGAAGAAACUGAUUACAGGGAGUUUUAUCCCGAUUUAGAUGAGAAAGCUCCUCUCCGAAUAAUACUGGCCAAAAGGUUUAAACAAAAUCAACGCCAAUCAACUAGAUCUGGUUUUUUUUUGGAUGCAUCUACGAAGAGAUUCCCUUCGUUUAGGAAUACGCGGUAUAAAUCUAGGCUGCAUGACUCCAAGGUCCGCAACGCUGAUUUUCGAACUCUUGGAUAUCUUCGUAAACAAAAAAGGCAUGCCGAAUUGUAUGGGAGAGGAAAUAUGAAGACUAAUAGUCUUGUUAAAGGUGUUUCUAACUGUGAUAAUUGUUUUGAAGUCCUUUACGAUAUUGACGAACAGGAUUAUUGCUAUCUUAAACUCCUCAAUGAACGAAGAAAAGGAGCAAGACUUUCAAAAAAGCUUCUUCCCCCUAAUCAAGCUUCAGAAACGCUUCGAGAUAGUAAGUAUGGAUCAGAUGAUGGCAUUGGAAUAUAUGCAGAAGAUCAACCGUGCGCAGUAUGCAAUGAGAGUGACUGCGAUGUCAAUAAUGUGAUUAUAUUCUGCGAUGGAUGUAACAUAGCAGUGCAUCAGGAAUGCUAUGGAAUAACGUUUAUUCCUGAAGGGCCCUGGUUUUGUAGGCGAUGCAUUAUAGCCAAAGGUGCACCCAAGAGAUGCCAGUUUUGUCCGUCUGUUACUGGUGCCUUCAAACAGACGGAUACAGGUUCAUGGAGUCACAUAAUAUGUGGAUUAUGGAUCAACGAGUUAUAUUUUGCUAAUCCGAUAUACAUGGAGCCCAUUGAAGGUACUCAAUUAAUUCCUCGAAGCCGUUGGAAGCUCAAAUGCUUUAUUUGCAAGCUUAAGAUAGGCGCAUGUAUUCAGUGUUCCAACAAGAACUGUUUUACUGCGUACCAUGUGACAUGCGCCAAGCGAGCGGGCUUGUUUUUGGAUUUAAGUAAAGGGUUACAAGCGUGCCUAAACAAUCCUCGCUACUUAGUUAGCUACUGCGACAAGCAUUCGCCUAUACCUUCAAACGGAAAGUUAGAUUUGGAUCAAGGAAUUUGCCGAACAAGACGAUAUUGCCAACGUGGAUUUAGCCGACAGGUCUCACUAUUGGGCCCUGAAGAAGGUGACGUUUUUUCUUGGAGGACAUCGUCAGGGACUCACAUAGCACCGGAAAUGUUUGCAAAUAAAUUAGGGCAUUUCUUUGACGAUUUUAACAUCCAUGUAGACUCUCCCAAGGCCACUAUCUACGAACUAUGCGGUUACUGGGCGCUUAAACGACAAGCAAAAUACGGGCUGUCCCUGAUUAAAAGACUAGAUCCAAUACAUUACUACGGUCAAAUGUCGUCUAAGGAGAUUUCAGAACGUAUAGAAUCGUUAAGCAUUUUGAAGAGAGACGUUCAACAACUGAGCAAACUCGCUAUGAGAAUAGUUUUGAGGUCUGAGUUACAGUUAGGGACUGUUGAUUUUAGAGUGGGUACUAUGGAGCUCCUAAAUUUUCCAGCCACAUAUAUCAUUCGAAAUCAUGUUUUGAACAAUCUGAAUUCUUCUGAAAAAUAUCUUCUUUCACAGAAUCAACAAUUCAAUGAUCUUUUAAAUCAUCUAGAUAGUUACCACUUCAAAACUGUAUCAGAAUUUACCACAAAAUUUACCAUUUUUGUGCGAAGAUUUAAUCGAUGGAGGAAACUUGCUCCUUCGGUUUAUCUAGAGGCUUCAAAGCUGGAACACCAUCUAUUGGGAGACAAAGACUUUCUUCGAUCAAAUUAUAUGGAUACCAACGAAACAACAGAUAUCAGGUUUGUGCCGUGGAUCGGAAAAGAAGUUUUGGCAGAGGAGAAUUUGAGUGAUGCAUUGUAA